UUAUUUUCGUCGGAGAUCAACAAUUUAGGUCGGAUGCAGAAUUCGUACCUUUCAACCCUAAGCUCUUUCACCACACCACUCGUCAAUAUUUCGACCGCUAUUGAAGUUCCGGGUUUCCCUGCUACGUCAAGACACAUUACUCGGAUGGAGGAGGCCGAAUUGGAUGCCGUUCUACAAGGGUUGGGUGUAGCACCUACUAUAAACAGCGUGGCGGCCAAGAGAAGACAACUGCGUGGCUUCAUUGGUCUGGCAGAACUCCCAGAAAGUGCAUAA